UUUGGGUCAAGAAUUGUUAUCCACGUGUGAUUAAAGGUCAUGACUUAUUAUUCACUUGAGAUUAUGUAUUACACUCUUAGUUUGCCUAAAUCGUUCUUAAUAUGUCUUGAAUAAUAAUAGUACAAAUUAAAAGCUACGGAAUUGCUCCGUUGUCCUAAAAUAUUUAGUUGUUUACUUGUAUAUGUGACACUCCUUUUUAAUUCAUUCAUAUAUGGGUACUAAAACUCUUAAUCUUUUGUAUUUUUGCUUGCCUUGUAUUGUGAGCCAGGAAUUGGAGAGAAGAUGGGAGUGUGAGGUCUAUGGAAGGACCUAUAGUUCAGAAGGAUGCUUACAUCAUGCUUACAAGUUGAUGCUCAAUGCCUCACGAUUACUGGUAAAUUUCCAGGCAGAAGUUGUGUUAUUCUCCAUGUAUAUAUCUUGCACAGUUUCCUUUUUUCUUCUCCUCAUCUUCAGCCGAAUCCCCACUAUGAUCAACCAAAAUAUGCAGAAUAGAGAGGAAAACAGUCCCAUUGCCACAUUCCAUGCAAUGGUAGUCUUCCUUCCAUGUUUUCGAUGGGGAGAUGAGGUUCCACCCGAGCUUUUAUUACAAGUUGGCAAGGGAUACCCACAGAGGCCCGUGUUAUUGGAGAAUCUAGAAGGCGGGAAAGUUUCAAACCGCGUUGUAUCAGGAAUCAUACCAGAGAUUCAGAUAGAUCAUUGUAUGAAAAAUCCAUAUCCGUCAAGGAAGAAAGACUGCCGAAAGAUGGUUGUGAGAGAAGAUCCAUAACACCAAUGUUUUUCAUCUCUGCAAGAUUUUCUGAAAUUUGACCAGAGAGGUUAUUAUGACCCAAAUUCAAUAUCCAGAGAAACAGAUAGUUCAUUUAACUCCUUGUUUAUUUCUAAUUUGUAUUCUGGUGAAAUCAAGUUCUAAUUCCAUUUUCUCUGAUGAGUGGAUCAAAGAAAGAGCUGCAAGAACUGAGGAAGUUGUUGAAGAUUGGAAGGUUAGCAACCCAAGAAUGUUCAAUUGAACUAAGGGUAUGCUAAUAAUUGCUGGCUUCAUUAUUGUUGUGGGUUCAUCUUUUUUGUUAUCAACAACUUAACUUGGUAAAUGCAGGGUAUAAACACCGGCUAUUUACCUUUUAAGGUUUCGCAUUUAGUGCAGGUGAACCUUAGCUUCCAGUUUAACAUGGAUGCUAAUUUUGACUUGGUAGACGUGGUAUUUUUCUUUAUGCUAUGGUCGUGGUAAGUUCGACAUCUAGAUAAAGGUGAACCAUAGAUUUCUUAUUUUCUGCCAAGUAAUAUGGAUUUCUGUUGACGUAUAAACAUAUAUCUAUGGUUGUGCUAUUCUAAUGAUAUUGAAUAGCUUUCUUUUCUACUUUUAUUUUCCUCUCCUUAUCAUCGGGUAAGCAUAGAUACUAUGCGGCUGUUAUGAGAAAUUAUUAUAUCUCCAUGUGUACUUAAAUUUGAAACGUAUCCAUACUGAAAAGAGGCAUGGAACUGUUAUAAUAUGAAACUGCAAACCUAAUAUAUGUGCUUAGAGUUAUCUGUAUGAUGAAGGGGAACAACGUUUCUGCUACUCUGAAGUCUCUGCAUUUGGAUUUGUAUUUGAUUCUUUAUGUUUAUGUAAGACUCUGAAUAUAUGGU